AUGGCUUUCUUCUACGGCUUCGGCAUGGGCAUGGGUGGCGCUUCGUCCUCGUGGGCGCCGAUCAUGAUGCCUCCUCCGCCGCCACCGCCGCAGCCGAGGCCGUGGACCAAGGCGGAGGACAAGGUGUUCGAGACCGCGCUGGUGCACGUCCCGGAGAACGUGCCGAGCCGGUGGAUCUACGUGGCGGCGCAGCUGCCGGGGCGCACGGCGCAGGAGGCCUGGGAGCACUACCAGGCGCUCGUGGCCGACGUCGAACUCAUCGAGCUCGGCCUGGUCGAGACCCCCGCGUCCUGGGACGAGGAGGAAGCGGCCGGCGGCGGGGGGGCUGGCGGCGCAAGCGGAAGCGGACUAGCGCGAUUCCGCGGACGCGGCGGCAGCAGCGACGAGCGCCGCAGAGGCGUGCCCUGGACCGAGGAGGAGCACAGGCUGUUCCUGGAGGGGCUGGAGAGGUACGGGCGCGGCGACUGGAGGAACAUCUCGCGGUGGUCGGUGAAGACGAGGACGCCGACGCAGGUGGCCAGCCACGCCCAGAAGUACUUCAUCCGCCAGGCCAGCGCCGCCAGCCGCGGCGACACCAAGCGCAAGAGCAUCCACGACAUCACCUCCCCGUGA